GUCAAAAAUGAGAUGAUGAUAUUGACCGAAUGCUCUCGGCACGUAUCACACAUUCUUAUACCACGGGGCUGUUGAAUGCUUUAUUCGAAGUUGAGAAAUGUUCAACCGGUGUUGAUUAUUUGUCUGUAAAACACACGCCUAACCUGUCAAAUGCAAUGUAUUUGUUAACCAUGGUAUAAGCGGAAUAAUUGACUCCGGUCCUUUGAAUUAUUUUUAACGGCGUUACCACCUUGGGUGUGCAUUAUUUUAGAAUAAUUCAACAGCCCGUCAUCAAAUAAUUCUUACAUCAAAUACUCAAAUACUUUCCCUUCCAAUCCAAAUAUCAACAUUGGCUUUCAGAGAUCAUGCACCCCGCCUUUAAAUACCGAUUAAAUGACAUUUAGAAAUACUGCUUUGUUGGCAGAAUCCUCUAAACGCCAUGUCGAUUUUUCAGCAAAGUGUGCAAAAGAUCAAUUUGAUGGACGACAGCGUGCAAAAUGACCGUGGAUCACAUUCAGACCAGAGUUACAUGCAUCACAGCGCCCUCUAUUGUGUGGUUCAGUUUCUUCAUUCUUUUUACAUUCUGACUUUUAUCAUUUGCAAUGUUUCUAGUCGCAUCUUUAGUGAUUUUGCAACUGUUUACUAUGUCUUGUGUCUUGUCUAAGUGUAGGUUUUUACCAAAAAAGCUUGCAUGCACUUAAAGGAGUAGUCCACUCUAUAGAUGGGGCCCAUUGACUUACCAUAGUAUUUUUUUUCCUACUACAAAAAGUCAACGGACCCCAUCUUUAAAGUGGACUACUCCUUUAAGAGGAUUUUGAAGUGAAAGGCAGUCAAAUUUGUUAAAGGGGGUGCAUGAUUUUUGAAAAACACUUUGGAAAAGGGAGUCUGACCGAGUACCAAAACACACUUGUAGCCAAUUAGCAGUAAGGGGCGUGUCUACUAAUCAACAUUGUUGCCUGGUUGUGUAUGUGUGGGGCGGGUCUAUCAAAAGAAGGUCCAGAUUCUAUUAGGGUAGGGGAGUGUUUGUUUAGGUGAUCAUGCACCCCGCCUUUAAAUAAGGCAUUUCAAUUACUUAUAACAUUUUCAUUUCCGCUUAAGUUGAAUUACUGAACCUUAACACAAGAGAGUGAUAAAAUGUUAAUUUACAAGAAAACAUGUCAGAUGUACUAAGAGGGUUUUGCUUCUGAAUUUCAUAAAAUAUUACAUGUGUUUAAUGUAAAGAAAGAUCUGAUCAGAAAACACUCACUUUAUUGGUUUUGUUAUUGCGAGUUUUCCAGCGUGUUGGUGGUUUAAUUAUUGGGCAUCUUGUGAAGGGCGUCCCAUCAUCGCCCAACUGGAACACUGCACUGCAUGUUCAUCUGUAUCCUUGACAAACCACUAUAGACACAUUUGUAUCCUGGUAACUGAUAGUUUAAGCACAGCGGGUGGCUCUUUCGUUCAGGUAUUCGGUGGACAUUAGGUAUUGAAGACAUUGAUAUUUUUCAGUAUGCAUGGUGAGUCUCAAUGCUAUUUGAAUUUUUAUUGAUUUUACAAUUGCUUAAAGAUGAUGUUAAAUGGAUGCUUUGUUUCUUCCUACAGCUUUUCGUAUUUUUAUGAUUUUGCAAUGCAUAAAUGUGGCAUGGUUUCAAUCCUGCAUACAUACAGACACGGACUAUGUUUGCAAGGAGAUACCGACAGGUUAUCCUGCUGGCCUGACCUCUUUGAUCCUCUUCCUGAACGAUUUAGGAGAAAUCGACUUAUCUAUUUUUAACAGUACAAAUCUGACCUCCGUGAUCAGUUUGAAAAUAACACAAGCCAAGGUCACCGCAGUGGCUCCACGAACUUUUGAUAAAUUCCACAACCUAAAAACUCUCCUUUUGUACGACAACCAUCUUUCUGAUGUGUCUUCAGAAUGGUUCAGCCACCCUGAUGCCCUUGAAACCCUCAGACUGAUGAAUAAUAAAAUAACUACGCUGGAUCAUAGUUCAUUUUUUGGGAUGACAAACCUGCUCACUUUAAACUUGUCUCGGAAUCAAAUUCACACUAUAACCCCGAAUAGUUUUAUCAGUACGAGUAAACUAAGACUACUGGAUCUGUCCAACAAUAACCUGACAAAUCUGGACGUUGAUGUGCUGCGUCCUCUUAAUGCCACAAAGAUCCGUCUAGAUGGAAACCCUUGGGACUGUUCAUGCUCUGUACACUACUUUGCCGAAUUCCUGCGAGGUCUUCAGAACGUGUCUCUGUUGGAGAACGAGAUGCUGGUGUACUGCAGCAGCCCUCCCAAAUUAAAAGGCAAACUAGUAUGGCAGGUGCAAGAAUGUAAGACCCUAACAACAGUGAGUCAAACAAAUGAACGCCCCACCACUAUCACCAUGAUCCCUGCCGUUGGAGGAUCUGCCAGUAUAACCAAACCACUUACUAUCCGACCUUCAACUUUAAUCAGUUUAAUUGUGGUACUCUGCGCCCUGGUACUCGUCAUCUGUGUCCUUUCAGUCUUGUAUCAUAGGAAACGUGAGAGGAAACAUCUACAGACUGUAAAACCUUCCCUGGAGAAAACCAAAAGCGUGAAUACUGGGAAAAAGACUGAAAAUAAUAGCAAACGAGUUAAAUCUGAAAUUCCUGAACGGGCACAUAAACCCACAACAGGGAUGUUACUGAGGACGCACCGAGCGGUAGUUGGGGAUGAGAUGACGUCACAGAUCUACCACAUUUAUUCAUCAGGGAUUUAUCAAAAUAGAGAACCCAUUAAACGUGUGAGCUCAGCCGGUCCGAUCCUCUGCCGGACGGAGUUAUUUACCAAACAGAUGGAGGUUGCAAAGGAAUUCAAUGCAUUGAAGAGCGCUAAGUAUUAUGAUGGAUGCAGGGCAUCAGAACAGCAAAAGGAAAAUGUGAGAGUAAACCAUGACGUGUGUGAGGAGGCGGAGCACCAGGGGAAGGAUCGACGAAUAAGGAAUGAGGACGAGGAGAAUACCAGCCAAAAAUAUGUUGUCGGUUACUCCACGGACAUGCAGGGGUCAUGUGAUGGAUGGCUCAGAGAAAACGAUUUGGAAACUGAUGGGGCUAAAGCUGAAACAAGCAUGGAUAAAGAAGCUCCACGCAGUUUUGUGAAGAAUGAAGUGAUGACUCGCGAGGAACACCAAAAUAAUAAAUCAUCUCAAAAUGCAGAGAGCACCCAAGCUCUUUCACAUGAAGAGUUUGUGGAGAACGCUGAGAGCUUGCCGUACCUUACCAUCGGUGCUGAUCCCGAAAACCAGAGCUCUGUCGAUAAACAAAGCACUCCUACAGGUGGCACCAGAUCUGGACCUUUAAGACCCAUCCGACGCGUUCUGACCUGGCCACCAACUGCUGUCCAAUGGAAGAAGCAGUGGAUUCAAAACCAGCGAGUCCUUAAUGUUUUUCCCAAAAUAAUAUUUGUAACCGGUUGCAGGCAGUUUCAACACACCGUUUGCCCCACAUCCAUACCAACUGGCAGAGAGUUCAAUGCUCUUGAGUUCUUACCAGAAAACUCACUCCCAGAAGAUGAUGUCAGAGUUACGAUAGAUAGAGACACUUAUUGGAGAAAUGUUGGGUCAUUCAAUGCCCAAGAGUCCUUGUCUGGUAAUAUUUCACCAAAGAUCGUUUCAAAGAAAGAAACAUUUGAGUCAAGCGUCCCAUCCGACAUGUUUUCCAAAAACUCACCUGGUGAUGAAAGCGAGGUCUCCUCUGAACUCUUCACCGUCCUCCGUGCAUCAUCUAUUGGUGGCAACUCGAACCCUGCUAGCAGAGAGAAGAGAAACCAUGCAGAUGACAUAGAGAAAAUGAAAAGCGAUAAGAAAAAGAGACGGCGAGUUGAGAAAAGCGACUCCAAGCGAGCGGAGAACCCGGGGAGAGCUCAGGUGUGUGAUAACCCGAGAGGUCAUCCUGCUGGAGGUUCUCCAAAAGAUGACAGUCUGCUUUUGGGGAACGAAUACACGUACAUAGAUCUGCUUCACGAGGUGGUGCAAAAUCAUGGGCGCUGGACACGAGACAGGUGGAGACAGACACAAAUAAACAAACAUAAACUUAAACAACAAGGAGAGAGUCGGUAAACUGUGAUUGUUUUUCCUUCUUCAAAGAAUCAAGAUAAUUUAAGAUAAAAUAUGAAAUGAUGUAAAAUAUGUUCAAUGUUAUUAAUGUGGAGUUGACAUAUGUAGAAGAUUUGUCUACUGUCAGAGAUGUUGAAUAUAACAAGAUUGAGCGCUUCUGGCUGUUUCCCAAUCUGAAGGCUGCGGAGGUCACAUAUGCAGACGGCAUACGUCAUCAGGUCUGGUUUAUUUAAUUUAACUAAGCAUUACAUUUAUAGUUAUAAGAAUAGAACAACAAUUUACGAUUAAGUAAGAAGAAUAGGCUGCAGCCUUCGGAUUGAGGAAUGGCCUCUGUCACUAUUCUGCAUCCGAAAGGUUAGGCAGCUGACUUGUUGCCUCUGGAAUUUAAUGAAGGCAGCUCUGGGAAACUCAUUAGGACAGCCUUCAUAGGCACCAUAACGGCAUUCCGAAAUAUAAACAGAGAGCGCCUUUCUGAUAAAUAAUCCCAUAUUUAAAAACUACAAUACUAAGAAAUCACUAGAAAUGCAAUGAAAGUUGUAAAAACUUCAAAUAAAACUUAAUUUACACUAAAUUUAUGAACCAGCAGCUUUUGGUUUCCAUUAAUUUUUUUCGAACUUGACCAGACUCGAUCAUUCACAUUUAAACAUUUAAAUUAAACGUUGGAUUCGGACGUGCCUUGAUGCCUUCCUGCCUUGGAAUGCUAACUCCAAAUGCAGCAUUUUAGAGCUUUCAGCGCAGCCUAUGAAUAGAGUGCCGCAGGGAUGACGUAUUUUUGUAGGCUAACACAAAAGUUGGCGGCAUACUGGAUCCCUUGCAGAAAGCCCAUUCAUUUUUUUUCAUAGACUUUUGGAUUAUUGCAAAAAAUAAGCUCUGUGUUUAACAAAUGUUUGUGACACUUACAUGUAGGGAUGGGCACGAGUAAUCGAUUGCUCGAUUACCCUAACGUGGUAUCGAUGGUUGAUCAUGAAAAUGCAGCGACUAGCAGUAGGGUCCGUGUAUCAUUCGAUCAUUUAAUUAUUACAUUCAAAGUGGCAAACGAAAAAAGAAAUAAACUGUCCAUAAUUCGUUUAUUUGUUUUUCUGUAUGCAACAAAAAACAACGAAACCUUCAAUGAAUUCCCAUUUUCAGCUUAAAACGAGAAAUCAAAUAAACAAAAAAACAAAAACUAAACAAUUCCAAAUGUUCUUUUUCUUGUCUUUAUUCAUUUUAAUACUCUGGCGUGUGCACGCGUGCGCAUGCGCAAUGUACUGUGGCUAACAUUCCCUGACCUAUCGAAUUCUGUGA